GCGCUCAUCCUCAAGCAGAAUGCGGGCGCCACGAAAGAGAGGCAAAGAGGUGCAGCCGCCACGCUUAUCCUCAACCAGAAUGGGGGCCAGGGGGAAGAGGCGAAGAGGUGCAGCCGCCACGCUUAUCCUCAACUAGAAUGGGGGCGAAGAGGUGCAGCCGCCACGUUUAUCCUCAACCAGAAUGGGGGUGAAGAGGUGCAGCCGCCACGCUUAUCCUCAACCAGAAUGGGGGCCAGGGGGGAAGAGGCGAAGCUUAUCCUCGAUCAACCAGAAUGGGGGCGAAGAGGUGCAGCCAUCACGCUUAUCCUCAACCAGAAUGGGGCCCAAGGGGAAGAGGCGCAGCCGCAAAGAGGUGCAGCCGCCACGCUUAUCCUCAACCAGAAUAGGGGCCAGGGGGAAGAGGCGAAGAGGUGCAGCCGCCACGCUUAUCCUCAACCAGAAUGGGGGCGAAGAGGUGCAGCCGCCACGCUUAUCCUCAACCAGAAUGGGGGUGUGUUAUCCUCAAGCAAUAUGGGGUCCACGGUGCGUGGUCUCAACCUGAAGAAGACGGAGGUGCGUGGUUUCAACCUGAAGAAGAUGGAGGCGGGGACAAGACCGGAGCGUUUAUCCUCGAGGCGAAGAGGUGCAGCCGCCACGCUUAUCCUCAACCAGAAUGGGGGCCAGGGGGAAGAGGCGCAGCCGCGAAGAGGUGCAGCCGCCACGCUUAUCCUCAACCAGAAUGGGGGCCAGGGGGAAGAGGCGCAGCCGCGAAGAGGUGCAGCCGCCACGCUUACCCUCAACCAGAAUGGGGGCCAGGGGAAGAGGCGAAGAGGUGCAGCCGCCACGCUUAUCCUCAACCAGAAUGGGGGCCAGGGGGAAGAGGCGCAGCCGCCACGCUUAUCCUCAACCAGAAUAAAGGGGCGAAGAGGUGCAGCCGCCACGCUUAUCCUCAACCAGAAUGGGGGCCAGGGGGAAGAGGCGCAGCGAAGAGGUGCAGCCGCCACGCUUAUCCUCAACCACGCAGCCGCCACGCUUAUCCUCAACCAGAAUAGGGGCCAUGAGGUACAGCCGCCACGCUUAUCCGGUGCCAGGCGAAGAGGUGCAGCCGCCACGCUUAUCCUCAACCAGAAUGGGGGGCGAAGAGGUGCAGCAGCCACGCUUAUCCUCAACCAGAAUGGGGGCCAGGGGGAAGAGGCGAAGUGCAGCCGCCACGCUUAUCCUCGACCAGAAUGGCGAAGAGGUGCAGCCGCCACGCUUAUCCUCAACCAGAAUGGGGGCCAGGGGGAAGAGGCGCAGCCGCCGCGCUUAUCCUCAACCAGAGGUGCAUGGUCUCAACUCGAAAAGGAUGGAGGCGGGGACCAGGAUGGAGGCGGGGACCAGGCCGGGGCGAGCAUCCUCAACCAAUAUGGGGUCCCAGGUGCCUGGUCUCCACUCCAAGAAGACCGGGGCGGGGACGAGGCCGGAGCGCUUAACCUCAACCAAUAUGGGGUCCCAGGUGUGUGGUCUCCACUCGAAGAGGACGGAGGCCGGGACAAGGAUGGAGGCGGGGACAAGGCCGGAGUGACCAAGGCGGGGACGAGGUCGGAGCGCUUAUCCGAUCUUAUCCUCAACCAAUGUGGGGUGCGCGGUGUCAACCUGAAGAAGAUGGAGGCGGGGACAAGGUGUGUUAUCCUCAAGCAAUAUGGGGUCCACGGUGCGUGGUUUCAACUUGAAGAAGACGGAGGCGGGGACAAGCCCG